AUGAUGCUAUCAUAUUUCAGUUCCUUAGCAUCUAUUAGUGCAUCUGUUAUUCGUUCCUCUGUGAACACAUCAAAUGACGAUCAAACUGACACAGUUUUCUUCCUCAAUCGCUCAGUGAACAGUGUUUGGUUUUCCUGCCAGCGAGUCUGCAGAAUGGAAGAUCUCAACUCUGUUGUCCCGUCUAACAUCUCCUCCUCUGAUGGACAUCCACCUCUUGUCGCCUGGGUCUCCACCAGUCUGAUCCCUGCGUUGGUGCUGUCCGUCUGCUUCCUGCUGGGAGUACCUGGAAACAUCGCUGUGAUCGUCCUCAGACCAAACUGGCAGCACCUGUCCAGUCUGAGCCAGAGUUUGGUGAUGAAUUUGGCCGUAUCAGAUCUUCUCUGCCUGCUCACUCUGCCCCUGUGGAUUUACACUUCGAUGUACAGCUGGACCUUCGGCCUGGUGACCUGUAAGCUUCUGACAUAUCAAGUUUACUGCAGCCUUUAUGGCAGCCUGCUGACUGUGACGGCGCUCGGUGUCCAGCGCUACCUACAGGUGGUGAAGCUGCAGAAAUGCUUCAGUCAGGUUGGAAGGAAGAGGAUGCUGGUCCUCCUGUGGCUGACUGCGAUGAUCCUGUCCGUCCCUUCUUUAGUGAUUCAACACCCGACCACCGUCGACCACUGGACCACCUGCGGUCCUCACUACUCCUCUCCGGCCCAGCAGGUGGCUGUGCUGCUGACUGAGUCUCUGCCAGGAUUUGUUUCAAUAGCGAUUGUGGUAUUUUCGUACAUCAGCCUGCAGCGAAAAGUGAACGAGGCGGCGUUCUUUACCAACCCACAGACGACACGACUGCUCACAAUUAUCAUCGUGACCUUUUUUGUGCUGUGGAUGCCGUAUCACAUCACGAAUAUGCUCGUGGUUGCAGCUAUUUCACGCAAUGAUGACAACAUGUUGAAGUCUGCCACGAACAUCCAAAACACUGUUGGAGCACUUGUGUUUGUAAAUAGCUUCAUGAAUCCACUUCUUUAUGCAUUUGCUUCCAGAAACAUGUGCACUGUCUGCAAAAAAAGGGAACAUGGAUGCUGUUGUUAAUGCGGAAGCCGUUCAAGGGAAUAUAAUAUAACAUUUAAAAACGAAAGAAAUACAGUGAGGACCAUUGACUCAAUGAUGAUGAGAGAAACAACAAAAAUCUGUUUUUCCUUUGGAUUUCUAAUGAAAUUCAACUUGCAGUUUGUUGAUUUUUUAGAUUAACAUCAACAUCUUUUCUAAAAUCAACUGUGAGCAACAACGGGUCCUUGUUAAAGUAUAAUGCACAAAAUAAGUAGUUGUAGAAACUUAACAUAACUUACCCUUAUGCCUUUUUUUCAAUUGCUUUUGUUUGUAUAUUAUAAAAAUCCAACAAACUGUUAAUGUAUAGUUGCAUGCCAUGUUCUAAAACACUUUAUUAAUUAUUAAUUAUUGGUAUUACUAGAGCCCAAGUUUUAUCACCAAGCAGGCAAAAUGCACUUAAAGUGUGAAUAUUUCAAGAAGCUCAUUAUAUGUUUCGUAUGUAAUUAACAACUUUGCUGAUUACACACACUCUAAAAAAUGUCACCAUAAAUUAACGGUAUUUUACAGGCAGCAAGGACGCCAGGA